AUGGCAGUGACCGGGGCAGCCUCGGGUUUGCGCUUGUGGGCGCGCGGCGGGCUUGGUGCGCUGAGCUCUCUGCGUCAGCAUCUUGUUCAGCGAGCGGCGCAGCUGGCAACGCCACACCGGUGUGCAUCCACUCAAGCGCAGGCCGAAGAGGUUCCCGUGGAUGUGAUGGUGCCUCUGAGCAGUCAUCUUGUGCGCCGUGCGCCACUCAUUGCCAAGAAGCUGGGCAUGACACAGACCUGGGAUCGCUGGGGUACCCUCAUACCAAUGACCGUUCUUCAGGUUGAGGACUGCCAAGUGGUGGGUCAUCGCACUAUCGAGCGCGAUGGUUACGAGGCCUUGAUCCUUGGUGCGGAGACCAUCAAGGACUCCAAGUUGGAUGGUCGCAUUCGUGGCCAGUUUGCCAAGCACGGCUUGCCGUCGAAGCGUCACAUGGAAGAAGCCCGCAUUAGCGCUGAGGCCAUGCUUCCCAUUGGUUAUGAACUCUCAUGUGAGCAUUUUGAGCCUGGACAAUUGGUGGAUGUGCGCGGCACCACGAUUGGCAAGGGCUUUGCGGGCGUGAUGAAGCGCCACAACUUUAAGGGCAUGCCCGCAACCCAUGGUGUCACCAAGACGCACCGACGCAUGGGUGGCUUCGGUGGCGGACAGGAUCCUGGCCGUGUGUGGAAGGGCAAGCGGAAUGCAGGUCGUAUGGGCGGUGUUCUGCGGUGGCAGCGCAACCUCGCAGUGAUUCGUAUUGACACGCGCUACAACCUAAUCAUGGUGGCGGGCAGCAUUCCUGGCGCUGAAAACAGCCGAGUGCUGGUUCGUGAUGCCAUUAUGAACCCCCUGCACAAGCCCAACUUUAUCUCCCGUCCCAAGGGUACCCUUGGCGCCGGUCUCUUUGAGGCGCCUGUCCCUGAGGAGGAUCCAUACAACACCAUGCUGGACUAG